CCACGGCGGGCGACAUCUAGUCAAUUAUCGUCUCACGAGUUAUGCGCACAUACGGUUAUUUCUCUGAAUAAUGAUUCAAUCGUAACCAGCUGAUCAUUUAAAUUAAUUCUCAGUCUUAUCGAUUCUCUUUGACGUAACGUCAUAAAGUUCAACGAUGUUGAUCGGUGUCGACUUCGAGGUGUACGGAAGAGUACAAGGCGUCUUCUUUAGAAAGUACACUCAGAAGCGUGGCAAGGAAUUAGGGUUGAAGGGAUGGUGCAUGAACACUGAUGACGGUACGGUCGUCGGACAUCUCGAAGGAGAAAAAGACAAAGUCGAAGAAAUGAAGAAAUGGCUUCGAUAUACCGGGAGUCCGCAGUCAGCUAUAGACAAAGCAGAGUUUCGAAAUGAGAAAGAAAUAUCUCAACCCUCGUUUCACGGUUUCGAAAUUAGAAAAUAAAUCCGGCCAUGCUCUAUUUUCCAAAUGCCAAUUAUUUAUUUUGUAAUGUUUAAUUUACGUAACUAGGAAAUUAUGAACGUGCCUGAGUUGAAAUAAAACUGAAAUAUCCGA